AUGGCGGAAAAAUUGCGCCUCGCCGUUGGCGUCAUGGGCAAUGCUGCUUCUUUGUUGCUUUAUGUUGCUCCAAUAUCAACUUUUUCAAGGGUCAUAAGGAAGAAAAGCACAGAAGAAUUUUCUUGUGUCCCUUACACCAUUACCCUAUUAAACUGUCUCCUUUAUACUUGGUACGGACUUCCUAUUGUGAGCUACAAGUGGGAAAAUUUCCCAGUAGCUACCGUCAAUGGCCUUGGUGUUCUUCUUGAAACCUCCUUCAUUUUCAUAUAUUUAUGGUUUGCAACAGCUAAAAGAAAGUUGAAGGUAGUCGUGACGGCAAUCACCGUCGUCGCAGUUUUCUGCAUUACCGCGCUUAUAUCGGCGUCUGUUUUCCAUGAUCACCACCAUAGAAAGGUUUUUGUGGGAAGUGUAGGGAUUGUGGCCUCAGUAGCUAUGUAUUGUUCUCCAUUGGUGGUUGUGAAACGAGUCAUAACUACAAAGAGCGUGGAGUUUAUGCCCUUCUACUUGUCAUUUUUCUCUUUCGUCUCUAGUGUACUUUGGCUGGCUUAUGGACUACUAGGCCACGAUCUCGUUCUUGCAUCCCCUAAUUUGGUCGGUUGCCCAAUAGGCAUUCUUCAACUUGUGCUCUACUGCAAGUACAGGAAUAAUGGAGUUUCGGAAGAACCAGCAAAAUGGGAACUUGAAAAGAAUAAUAAUAAUAACAAUAACAAUAUUAAUGAUGAUGACAAAACCAAACAGCUGCAGCCUGUGAUUGAUGACAUUAAUAUCAACGGCAAGUGUUAG